UCAGUUUGUUGGCUUCUACCCUUGCUAUACGACAGAGCACCAGGGCCGGACGGCGACGCUGGGGAAGGGAAGGGGGGAGAGAAGAGCUAGGUAGCAAUGGCGCUGCCGGCGGCGAGGUGGCUCCGGCGGGAGGUGCUCGUGGGGCUCGCGCUGGGGCAGCUCGUGUCGUUGCUCAUCACCUCCACCGGCUUCUCCUCCUCCGAACUCGCCCGCCGAGGCGUCAAUGCGCCGACAUCGCAGUCCCUUCUGAACUACAUCCUUCUUGCGCUUGUUUACGGAGGAAUGUUGAUCUACAAAAGGCAACGCCUGACGAUUAAAUGGUACUACUACUUGAUCCUCGGCAUCAUCGACGUGGAGGCUAACUAUAUAGUUGUGAAGGCUUAUCAGUACACAUCCUUGACGAGUGUGAUGCUCCUGGAUUGCUGGGCGAUUCCUUGUGUCAUUCUCCUCACCUGGAUCUUCUUGAAGACUAAGUAUGGGUCAAGGAAGCUGAUCGGUGUUGGAGUUUGCGUGGCUGGUCUCGUAUUGGUUGUAUUCUCUGAUGUGCACACCUCUGAUCGUCGAUCAAAAGGACCCAACCCCUUGAAAGGCGAUAUGCUUGUCAUUGCUGGGGCCACGCUUUACGCUGUCAGCAAUGUUACUGAGGAGUAUAUUGUCAAGAAAGGUAGCAGAGUUGAGCUGAUGGCGAUGCUAGGUGUUUUCGGAGCAAUUAUAAGUGCUAUACAGAUAAGUAUACUUGAGCGUGAAGAACUUAGAUCAACCCAUUGGAAUGCUGGUGCACUGCUCCCUUUUAUUGGAUUUGCACUAGCAAUGUUCUUGUUCUACUCCACAGUACCUAUUAUCCUGAAGAUAUGCGGCGCAACUAUGCUGAACCUCUCACUCCUAACCUCGGACAUGUGGGCCGUUCUAAUCCGUAUCUUUGCUUACCAUGAAAAGGUCGACUGGAUGUACUUUGUUGCUUUCGCCGGCACGGCAAUUGGCCUCGUCAUCUACUCAUACAAGGGCUCCAGGGACGAGGCCGACGACACAGCACAGGUCGCUGGCGCAAUGGACGAGGAGGCCAUAGGAACAGAGACUGCAGGGAGAGCUCCUGGUGCCGGAGAAGAUCAUGGACCAGCCUCUGACAAGACUACAUGAAGGUAGUAGACAAUUGUCUGCUGCGAACUUUGCAUGUAACUGAACAUGUAUAUAAAAUAGAAUCAUGAGUUGACAUAGGUUCGUGGCAUAAUAUCAAAAGUAUAGGUGUAUCCUGGUUCUUUAAUUAGAGCAUUGUUUCAUAAACAUGGAGUAAUAAGCAGUGAUAUUAGUUAAGGGACAUAUUUUUGCUGCUCAUUCUUUGCUGAAAGCCUGCAAGUGAUAA